UGGAUUAGCUGCUUUUAUCAAUAAAUGUGGAAUAAAACGCUCCAAUCAUCGAUCAUCUCGUCUGUUUCUGUUGUCAGAUCUGAAGAGAGAGGCGAGCAUCUGCCACAUGCUGAAGCACGCCCACAUCGUGGAGCUGCUGGAGACCUACAGCGCAGACGGAAUGCUCUACAUGCUGUUUGAAUUCAUGGACGGGGCCGACCUGUGCUUUGAGAUCGUGAAGCGCGCCGAUGCUGGCUUCGUCUACAGCGAGGCGGUGGCCAGCCACUACAUGAGGCAGAUCCUGGAGGCGCUGCGGUAUUGCCAUGACAACAACAUCAUCCACAGAGAUGUCAAGCCUCACUGCGUCCUGCUGGCGACCAAAGAGAACUCUGCUCCGGUCAAACUGGGAGGGUUCGGCGUGGCCGUGCAGCUGGGAGAGUCCGGCUUGGUGGCAGGAGGUAAAGUUUUCCCCCCGUGGCUCCAGGAUGGAACCUCAGCACAGCGGAAAUGCAGCCACCGCAGCGCUCAGACAGCCUGCAGACGUUCUGAUGGAGCGCUGGAACUUCUAGGAGCUCUGCUGGUGUUUGUCCCUCAGACGGCCGUCGCUUUGGAUCUUUGUUUACUUCCUGUUUUCCUGGCGUGCUCGGAGGAACGGCGUCCUGUCGAGUCAUGCCUGGAGCUCUACGAUAAGAUCAACACCAAGUCAGCGCCGCAGAGCCGGAACCCCGCCAGUGAUGCGGUGCAGAGAGCCAAACAGGUUCUGGAAGAAAUCUCCUGCCACCCUGAGAAGUUGGAGGUUGCAGAACUGAGACGGAUACUGACUCAGCCCCACUUCAUGGCGCUGCUGCAGGCCCAUGAUGUGGUCGCCCAUGAGGUCUACGGUGACGAGGCUCUGCGCGUCACCCCCCCUCCCACCUCGCCCUACUUGAACGGAGACUCCCCGGAGAGCGCCAAUGGCGACAUGGACCUGGAGAACGUCACCAGGGUCCGUCUGGUCCAGUUCCAGAAGAACACAGACCAACCAAUGGGUAUCACGCUGAAGAUGAACGACUCCAACCGCUGCAUCGUGGCGAGGAUAAUGCACGGAGGAAUGAUCCACAGACAAGGAACGUUGCACGUUGGAGAUGAGAUCAGGGAAAUCAACGGCAUCGGUUUGGCCAAUCAGACGGUGGAGCAGCUGCAGCAGAUGCUGAGAGGUUCCCCCUGCAUCUCCAGGCAGCCCCCCCCCUCCAAUGGCCCCUCCAGCAUUAACAGUUCUAUCUUGGACCUGUCCUCGUCCAUCCAGCCCAAAGGCCGACAGAUCUACGUCAGGGCCCAGUUCGAGUACGACCCGUCCAAAGACGAGCUCAUCCCCUGCAAGGAGGCCGGCAUCCGCUUCCUUGUUGGCGACAUCAUCCAGAUCAUCUCCAAGGACGACCAUAACUGGUGGCAGGGACGGCUGGAGAACACCAAGAUGGGCACGGCGGGCCUCAUCCCGUCCCCCGAGCUGCAGGAGUGGUGCUCCAUCAAUGCGUCCAUCCUCCCCCUGCUGAGUGGAGCAGGUCUGGUCCCAGGAGAACCUCCAAUCCCUCAGGAGAUGAUCAUGUGGUUUUAUAAAGCAGUUUUUGCUCGGUGGGUGGGUUCUACUCACUCUGCUCUCCUUCCUUCUCCUCCAGUGUUCGACCAACUAGACCUGGUCACCUAUGAGGAGGUGGUGAAGCUCCCAGCCUUCAGGAGGAAAACCUUGGUCCUGUUGGGUGCUCAUGGAGUGGGCAGAAGACACAUCAAGAACACGCUGAUCACCAAACACCCGGACCGGUUCGCCUACCCGAUCCCACACACCACCAGACCUCCAAAGAAGGACGAGGAGAACGGGAAGAACUACUACUUUGUCUCCCACGACCAGAUGAUGCAGGACAUUAGCAACAACGAGUACCUGGAGUACGGCAGCCAUGAGGACGCCAUGUACGGCACGCGGCUGGAGACCAUCCGCAAGAUCCACCAGCAGGGAUUGGUGGCCAUCGUAGACGUUGAACCUCAGGCCCUGAAGGUCCUGCGGACGGGAGAGUUUGCGCCAUACGUGGUUUUCAUCGCAGCUCCAACCAUCACUCCAGGCAUCGCUGAGGACGAGUCUCUGCAGCGGCUGCAGAAGGAGUCUGAGAUCCUGCAGAAGACGUACGGCCAUUACUUCGACAUGACGCUCAUCAACAAUGAGAUCGAGGAGACCAUCGUCCUCCUGGAGGAGUCCAUGGACCUGGUGUCCUCCUGCAGCCAGUGGGUCCCGGUGUCCUGGGUCUACUGAAGGACAUCUGCUGCAGCAACAAGGAGCCAGGGGUCUAAGAAGUCCCUUUGGACCGAAGACAGAGCUCCGUCUGAUCCAGACCUUCACCUGAAGCUCCUGAGGGGGGGCCAGUCGGCCAGUCGGCCCCCGCCGUCGGCCCCCCGCCGUCGGCCCCCCCGCUCCCGGCCCGUCCCGUGAACGUUGUCCUGUCUCUGCAUCUUUGUAGAUGUUCUGUGUUCCUGCUCUCCAGGAGGCUGAAGCCCUCUGCAGCGUCCUGGUUCUGAUCCGGUCCUGCAGCGUCCCGCUACCCGAUCACUGACUGAGACCGAGGCUCUCUGCAUGUGGACGCUUUGGGUCGCUGUUCUGGUUGGUCCACUGGUCCGUGGGUGGACGUCCUGGUCCCCCUGCUCGUCCCUCCGUUUCUAUUCCACAGAUUUCUACGUCUGUCAGAUUGUUUGUAAGAAAAUCAAAUAAAGUUGAUUUGUUUCUCAAUG